CAAAAGAUCCCAAUUUUCUUUUAAAAAAAUCUGUUCUGAUUGGCCAAGGCUACCAGAAUUGCAAGCCUGAUGUGGACGUGGAAGCUGGCUGCGCAAUGCCGUCUCCUACGGAGUCCUUCGAGAGCACGGCUCGAUUCCAACCUCCAACGUGUUGCUCCUCACGCGCGCAACCUCGCGAGCUCGUCUGGCGGCUUUCGGUGUCAAAGCUGCGGCCAGAACUUCGUCAAGUGGCAGGGUCAGUGCUCAGCCUGUUCGGAGUGGGGCUCCGUGGUGUCCUCCAAGCCAUCCGAGCCGCUGUUCCGGCAAUCGAACGCCUCGUCCUUCACUAAGAACAAAACAAAGCGUGCGGUGGCCUGGUCCAGCACAAGUCUUGAUACUUUUGAGGAGAGUGUUCCUCAUGCUCUUCGUAUGAAUGAGGUCGAAUUGGACACAUUCGUAGAGCGGAUCGAACUGCCAGAACGCGAGUUGGUAUGGCAUAAGAAUAUAAACUAUGGAAUGGGAGAGUCGCAGCUACUAACGACAGCUUGCUGAUCAGAACUGGGUGCUAGGAGGAGGCUUGGUAGCUGGCUCAUUGACGCUGGUGGCAGGAAACCCCGGAGUCGGCAAAAGUACGCUUGCCCUACAAAUGGCAAACAUGUUGGCCAAUGGGUCGGCGAUGCGUGAGCGUGGAGUGCUGUACGUCUCCGGUGAAGAGAGUGUGCUACAAGUGCGGAUGCGUGCAGAACGCCUCGGAUCUGUGAGUGACAGUCUGUUCGUGGCCAGUGAGACCAAUCUGAACUCGGUGUUCCGGUUACUGGAAGGCGGAAAUGGACGUGAACUGGGUGACGAUGAAUAUCAAGGAUUUGGGGCUGUAGUGGUCGACUCCAUUCAGACUGUCUACGCAGAAGACAUCCCCUCACCUGCAGGUACAGUGAACCAAGUGAAAGAGUGCACUCUUCGAUUACUUCGACUAGCCAAGUCACGCAACGUGCCAGUGAUCCUGAUCGGCCACGUGACCAAAAGUGGAGAUAUCGCUGGUCCCAAGGUGCUGGAGCAUAUCGUAGACACCGUGGUGCAGCUAGAAGGCGAUCCACAAAGCGCACGGCGGUUUCUUCGGUGUCAGAAGAACCGAUUCGGCAAUACCAGUGAGGUCGGAGUCUUCAACAUGAUGGACGAAGGUCUCCAGCCACUACCGAAUCCCCUCAUGGCAUUUGUGUCAUCUCAUGAUGAGGACGAUGACGAUUAUCCUGAUAAUGGUGAAGAGACCGAGGUUGAGCCUCUUGACGGAUGCUCUGUUACCAUUGCGAUGGAAGGCAAGCGUCCCAUUCCCCUCGAAAUCCAGGCCCUGGCGAACCGAACACAGUACAACGUGGACGCUGGACGGGGUGGCGGUCAGUCCUUCUCUCGUGUACGCGGUGUGGGUGUAGCAUUCGACAAACUGUUGCUGUUGUUCGCGGUUCUGGAGAAGAGAGCGAGGGUUUCUUGUCGCAACCAAAGUGUGUUUGUGAAUAUCGCGGAGGGCUACACAAUUCAAGAGCCUGCAGCAGAUCUGGCGCUAGCUGUGGCUUUAGCCAGCUCUGUUCUCGGUCGUCCUGUACUGGAACGUGCCGCCUUUCUAGGAGAAGUGUCGUUGUCAGGCCACGUGCGACCAGUUAAAAUGCUCGAGUCGCGUCUCACGGCAGCGCAGAAAAUUGGACUGGAGGUGUGUGUGAUCCCUAAGGAGCACGACCAGGCCACACGCCGCGCUUUGCGUAAGAAGUUCGCCAAUACGCUAACUGUGAUCGAAGUAUCGACGUUGCUACAAGCUCUGAAGAUCGCGUUUCGUUCUCCAACGACCGCGUCGUUCUUAUCCCGACCAGACGGGGCUUCAGUGGCGGAGGAUGGAAGCACACUCUAGUCUGCCCUCUCGAUAUGCAAGUGUAGUAUUUAUUCCUUCACACGCACGGCCGCAGGACAGCGGUCUUCUCUCUUCCUCGAGUUCUCCAACCCUGCUCUUCCUCUGCUCGUGCCUCUUUAUCCUGCACAUUCCAUUCACCUCCGCUUCAUGAUAUUGCUGCGUUUGCUCUUGCCACCUACUAGAGCAUCCAGUGGGAGGUCCAGCUUGUCUUCCAGCGAGAUGGAAGGGCUCCCCGUCCGCUUUGGCGGCAUCUUGACGACCGUCUUGGGCUGGCGAGCAGCCUGCUGCUUGGUGUUGCUGUUGGCUGCCUUCUUUACCUUCUGCUUCGAGUCGAGCUUGGGUCCAAGUACGCGGCCUGUCUUGAGCACUGUGCGGUUCCCACUCGCCGUCACUUUGGCAUGUGGUCGGUGGGUCGCGUGCAGCUUCUUGGGGUUCUUGUGCGCCGCGUCAAGGUCCAGCUUGACGUCCACUGCGUCGUGACACCAUAUAACCGGCCGUUAGUCACCUAAUAUAUCUUGAAACUGAAGAGAAAUGGACGUACGCG